UAUUCAGAGCACUGUCUACCUCGAGCAGCACGAACUAGCACCUGUGCGCAGUGCGCACCCCGUAGCAUCCUUACCUUCUACGGCUACUCGACAACUCCAUACUCUAUCGUUAUUCUCCCUCUUUCUCUCUGCAAAAGCGCAUGCACCGAUUCCCCGUGUAUUUCCUUCUCUUCUCUCAACCUCCGCAGUAACUUCGCAGAAAAGAGAGAGAGAAAAUGUAAAAAGAAAAAAUCUAUAAUCCCUGAAAUACCCAUUGAAACUCUGAAAAUGACACUUAUGUCCUUCUGUUUCUUUCCGUUGCAUAAACCCUAAUUCCAAUUCUCUGAAGAGAAGGAAGGGCCAAAAUCCCCAUAUUUCUAGGGUUUUUAGAGUCUCUAGGGUUUUGCUUGAUCGAUGCCGUCCCCACGAUGAUGAAGCGCGAUCAUGCGACGGCAGCCGUCAGAUGCACCGACUGCGGCUCCCCUGACCACCACCUCCUCCACAACGUCCGGUAUCGCGGUGCCUUCCACCGCCUCUGCACCUCCUGCGUUCUCAAACUCCACCCUGGAUUGUUCUGCCCCGUCUGUUUCAACCUCUUCGAGCGAUCUCCGCCGUUGGAUUCGAUCAAGUGCUCCAAAUGCCCUUCGUUUUCGCAUUCGGCAUGCGUCAGACCGGAAUCUGCCGCCGCUUCGUAUGUGUGUAUCAGCUGCUUAAACCCUAAAUUUUUGUUUUUCGACCCGAAGCCGUCAAAUAAGAAGGUGAGAACUGCCAACGGCGAAUCGAUGCUUCGAACGAUCGAUGCGAAGUUGGCGAAGGUGCUGCUUGCUGCUGCCCAUAUCGCUGCAGUGUCGAUGAACAGAGCGGCAGCUACAGCGAGGAUUGAGGCGGAGAGGAAGGUCCGGGAAUCUGCGAUUGCGAGGAAGAGAGCGAGGGAUGCGCUGGAAAGAGUUUCGCUGGUUGCAUUGAAGGGGAGGGAAUCGAAGGAGGUUCCGGCUUCAGUUCCGGGUGUUGCAGAGCAGAAGAGGAAGUUGAAAGGGAAUAGCGCAGUUGCUGCUGCUGUCGCAGCGCAGAAACGGAUUCAGAAUCGUAAGUCUGGCGGAGGGUUUAUGGGUCCUUUGAGUAAUGUCGGGUCUAGAGAAACGGAGAAAUUGGUGGGGGUGCAGCCGCGGAUUCCUGUGCAGAGGCCACUGAAUAACGGCUUAGCUUCGGAGGAAGGCAAGGAUACAUUGAAAGGGUAUGUCGGUGUUUCAGGACAUCAACAUUUUCAGAAUUAUGGUACAGUGGAUCAAAAGAAGAAGCUGGGUGGUUCAUCACAUUGGCAGAAUCAUGUUAUACAAGAGGAGAAGGAGAAAAACCCGACAUUUUGCCCAUCUGUCUCGGGGAAUCAGCAGCAUCAGCAUUCCCAAAACAGCCAUGUUAUAGAAGAGGAUAAAGGAAACUGAAAGGAUUUGAAGAAUUCUGACAUGGGUUCUCCCCAGCUUCUCCAACGAAAACAAGAUGCAACAGUUUCGAAGGCUAAUUCAGGAGUCAUAUUCGCAGGCUCACCAAAGAAAGCAAGUUUGAUUUUGUGAGUUGAGUUUUUAGCCGGGUGAUCACUUCUAUUUUCUUGGGGGAUGUUAUUUUCCACCAUGCCUGAAAUCACAGACAGAACUAGAGAUUAUUGAAAGCAUGGAGUUAAAUGUCAUACUCUGGGACCCAUUGUAUCUCUAAUAUGAAAAGGAAUUCCUUUCUUGUACCACCUUUAUUCUUUAAUUAAGUUUUUGAAAGGAGUUCGUUUUA